CUUCGCCGGCCAGAUUAGGAGGAUUGGCUACGAAAAGGAAAGGGGUGGAGCGCCAGGCACGCAGCCCCACGAGAAGCGGCGCAGAGGGAUUGAGGCGCGCAGUGAGAAAAACGGGCUGUCAAGUGGCCAUGAACCUGGUGGCGGAUCGGCGGAGAGCGAGGCCCGCAGAGCUGAGCAUGCACGAGCCGGAGCGCAAACGAGUGUGUAGAAGUUCAGAGGCUAUUCCACAAGUGAUCAGCGCUUGCCACCCACCAAGCAAGUGUGCUAUGGAUUACUGGGAUAUGGAGCAGGAUUUGAAGCAGAAAGAUCCCGCUGGUUUUUUUAGUCCUCAGAUUAUGAAAGAAAAGCCAAAUUCCGUGAUAUUUCCGGAUAAUGAAACCAGAACUGCAGCCCAGCCUUGCCCAAGAUGUAUUGCUGGAGAACCUGGACACUUUGGCCAUAUUAUGGGAUUUAUAGAAGAUCAAAGGACAUUGAUGCAGUGAUACUCCAUAACAUAAUACAUAGGAACUGGUUUGAGAUCCAGACUUUUUUCUACACUCCAUCACAUUCAUGAUUAUUAUUAUUACAUUCAUACAGCUUUAUCUUAGAUCUGGGGAAGAUCUUGCCUAAAAAGCUUAAAAUCAAUCUUGUGAUUCCUUAGGUUAUAGUUGAGCUACUUGGCAGCAACAAUUGAACCUAGUAAAUGAUACUUCUUGAAAAUUCAGUCCAUCUUCACUUUUCAACAGCCUUAGGUUGCUACCAUCUUAGUAUUUCUUGCAAUGAAAUUACAAUGUUCAUUCAUGUAAAUCACAUAGGAAACAUAAUCGGCCAGUGGGUGGGGUUAUUCAUAGAAGUUAACCAAGCAGUACUAGACAUAUUCUGUCCUAUGAAUUCCAGAAGUGUGAUGCUCUGUUUACUCAGACUAGUCCCAACACAGUCAGUAAGACAGCUUCAAAAUAUGUGGCUCAAGUAUUCUUUAAGACUGCCUUACUUGAACACAGUAAGGGUUACUUAUGAAACGACUUGCAUAGGUUUUAGCUGUUUGCAAAGCAACCACUCCUAUGAGCAAUAGCUCAAGCCUCCUAGUAUAUAGAACCAGGUGUGUCUGGCCCCCUCUAAUUGAAUGGCCAGUCAAAGCCAUUCUGGUGUGUGGCUGCUGUGACAUUCUGACUGUUUCUAGGAGCCACAGAUGAGAGCUGAGUGCAGGGUGAGAACCCUAGAAGGAGCACAAAGUGUCCCCCACCAGAAGUACUACCCCUCCCAUAACAUCCCGUACACCCCUUUCCUAAUAGAUUAUAGAAUAUUUACACAGGCCACUGUGCACUGAAAAUGUAACCUUAGAUCAAAGGUUUCUACAAACGACUAAAUAAUUAUA